AUGAAGACCCUCAUCUUCCUCGCUCUGCUGGGAGCUGCUGUGGCCUUCCCCACUAACGACGACGACAAGAUCGUCGGGGGCUAUACCUGCGCCCAGAACUCCAUCCCCUACCAGGUGUCCCUGAACGCCGGCUACCACUUCUGCGGGGGCUCCCUCAUCAACGACCAGUGGGUGGUGUCCGCUGCUCACUGCUACAAGUCCCGUAUCGAGGUGCGUCUGGGAGAACAUAACAUCAAGGUCACUGAGGGCAAUGAGCAGUUCAUCAACGCUACCAAGAUCAUCCGCCACACCCAGUACAACAGUGCCACCAUCGAUAACGACAUCAUGCUGAUCAAGCUGAACACCCCUGCCACCAUCAGCAGCCGAGUGUCCACCGUCUCUCUGCCACGCUCCUGUGCUCCCGCUGGCACUCAGUGUCUUAUCUCUGGCUGGGGCAACACCAUGAGCAAUGGCUACAACUACCCUGAGCUCCUGCAAUGCCUGGACGCUCCCAUCCUCUCUGACUCUGCCUGCCGCAAGGCCUACCCCAACCAGAUCAGCAACAACAUGAUCUGCCUGGGCUUCCUGGAGGGCGGGAAGGACUCCUGCCAGGGUGACUCUGGCAGCCCCGUGGUCUGCAACGGAGAACUCCAGGGCAUUGUCUCCUGGGGCUACGGCUGUGCCCAGAAGGGCAAGCCCGGUGUCUACACCAAAGUCUGCAACUACGUGGACUGGAUCCAGCAGACCAUGGCUUCCAACUAA